UUUUCCUCAGGAAAGGAGGUGCAAUAACCCCUUUCAGAUAAAUCCUUUCCAGAAGAGGGUCGGGGAAUAAAAUAGGUUCUCGGUUUCUGCAAGUUUUUUUUAGCGUUUUUGCCUCUCUUGUUCCUCUCCAUUACACGGGGGGGGGGGGGGGGAAACGAAGUGGAAGAUUUUUUUCCCCCAUACUAUUUCAAAAACGCCGUUAAGUCAGGCCGAAAGGAGCAGCACCACCAAUAACAAAAAGGCAGAGGCGGGCAACGCUCUCUGCUGUUUGUUCUGGUGGAAGAAGCGUUUUUUUGGGAUGAGUGGUCCGGUAGAACUUAAACAAAAGGUGUUGUAAUUAAUCUGUCUGGGACGCCCUCCCCGGUUCGAGAAGGAAACCUCUCUUCUAAGCUGGGAGAGCAGAACUAAGGCAACUGCAUUUGUUAGUAAAACUUCUCAUUAGAACAGUCACCCAAGAGAGCAGCACAUCCUUGGUUUCCUGAAAAACAGUCUAAGCCAGUUGUGGAUCAAAUGUCUAGCAUCUGACAGGUUUCUUCUGUAGAGCACUGUACACAGGGUUGCCUGAUUAGCCACCAGGCAAGAACCUCUGCAGGAUUAUGGAUGAUUAUGAUGUAAGAUCUGCUGCUAGCAUUCUAGCUUCAGUUAAAGAACAGGAGGCCCAGUUUGAGAAGUUGACCAGAGCACUCGAGGAAGAGCGUCGUAAUGUUUCCAUGCAACUUGAGUGUGUCACUAUUCCCUCGGAAAGAUCAAGUAUGGACGACAAUGAGUCAUUUGCAUGGCAGCAGCUAGUUUUACAGGAACAAAGUAAUCUGACUUCCAAAAAAAAGAUGCAGGAGCCACAAGAGUUGGUGGAAGAAACUGUUACGGUUGAAGAGGAUCCAGGCACUCCCACCUCUCACGUAUCUGUGGUAACGUCAGAUGAUGGAACUAUAAGACGGACUGAAACAAAGGUUACUAAAGUGGUUAAAACUGUGACAACCAGAACAGUGCGGCAGGUACCACUUGGGCCAGAUGGAUUGCCUGCAGAGGGGUCUUCUCCUGCGGGCAGUUGUACAGAUUCCAUUGACAGAAGAUACAUGAAAAAUGGAGACCGUUAUAUCACACCACAGGCGAAUUCAACUUUAACCAGAGGCUACACCAACUAUCCUGACACGUAUGAGAAUCGCCAUGAUACAUACCGUUCAUACACUGCCCAGGAUGGAUUUGCUGAUGUUUCUGAUAACUAUGGAAGCCUAUCGCGAGGUGUUCAUUACCGUCCGCGCUAUGCUUUCGUGCCACGAGACAACUAUAGGCCAGAUGAGAAUUACACAUUGCUAGCUAGAAACAAGUAUGCCGUUGCCCAACCACAAGUGCAACCAGAUGGCAGUCUUGACCUGAGCCGAUCUCAACCAGAGCGUUUCCAACCAGAGCCUUAUGGACUUGAAGAUGACCACAGAAGUCUAGGACCUGAUGAUGAUGGAUAUGAAUUGGAUGGAGAGCCAGAACCAGAUUAUUCUACAGCAGGUCGAAGGGUGCCCCCAAGGGCUAAUGGAAGGAGACCAAGGAGAGGUUACGAAGAUCCUAUUGAAGCAGAGAUCAUUGAAGAUCGGAUUCCAUAUCUGACAGGAGUGUACAACGCACCACUAGCUCAGCCAGAAAGGGGAAGCAUGGCCAGCCUAGACCGACUCGGAAGACACUCACCAUCAAUAGACAGCAUUCGGAAAGACCCUAGAUGGCGGGACCCUGAUCUUCCAGAGGUUAUUGCAAUGCUCAGUCAUCACCUUGAUCCAGUUAAGUCAAAUGCUGCUGCCUACUUGCAGCAUCUCUGCUACGAGAAUGACAAAAUUAAAAAGGAAGUUAGGCAACUGAAGGGUAUACCUAUUUUGGUUGGACUUCUGGAUCAUCCAAAACCUGAUGUCCAUCGGCGAGCAUGUGGUGCUCUAAGAAACAUCUCAUUUGGUAAAGAUCAUGACAGUAAAGUCGCAAUCAAGAAUUGUGAUGGAAUUCCUGCCCUUGUUCGAUUGCUCAGGAAGACCAAUGACAUGGAAGUCAGAGAACUAAUCACAGGUACGUUGUGGAAUUUAUCAUCCUAUGAACCACUGAAGAUUGUGAUUAUCAAUCAUGGCCUUCAGACUCUAACAAAUGAGGUCAUUAUUCCUCAUUCGGGAUGGGAGAAUGAGCCCAAUGAGGAUUCCAAGCCACGUGAUGCCGAAUGGACAACAGUCUUCAAAAACACAUCGGGAUGUCUAAGAGUUCAGCUGUUUUGUCCACGUUUGAACCAGGGCUGUAAUAGAGUUGCCUUGGAAGAACAGAAGCUGGGUAUUAGUGAGCAGGUUAUUGCUAAACAAGUGCUGCUUUAUAGCACUACCGAUAAUAUCUUCCAUCACUUUCCUAGUGACCAAGAGUACGCUGAGAACGCAUCAGUUGAGAAUUGUGUGUGCAUUAUGAGAAACCUCUCCUAUCAAGUGCACAGAGAAGUACCAGGAGCUGAUAAAUUCAGAGAACCAGCAACUGAUCACCAGACUGGAACAGGAAGUGCUCAGAAGAAGAAGAAAGAUGAUUCUAGUUGCUUUGGUGGAAAGAAGGCAAAAGGUAAAAGAAAUGCAGAUGCUGACAAAAACUUUGAUACUUUGGACUUGCCAAAGCGUAUAGAACCAGUGCAAGGUUAUGAGCUCCUCUACCAGCCUGAGGUGGUUCGACUCUAUCUGUCCUUGCUCACAGAAAGUCGAAAUUACAACACAUUGGAGGCAGCAGCAGGUGCUCUACAGAACCUAAGUGCUGGGCAGUGGACGUGGUCCAAUUACAUUCGUUCAACUGUGCGGAAAGAAAAAGGCCUCCCGAUCUUGGUAGAGUUGCUAAGAUCAGAUUCUGAUAAAGUCGUGCGAGCUGUGGCAAUCGCAUUACGAAAUCUUUCUGUGGAUGGACGCAAUAAGGAUCUCAUUGGUAAUUAUGCUAUGCACGAUCUGGUAAGUAAUCUAACAGGUGGUCAACAAAGACCUGCCAAGAACCUUGAAGAAGACACAAUUGUUGCAAUACUCAACACUAUCCAUGAAAUUGUUACUGACAGUUCAUCAAAUGCCAGAUCCUUGAUUCAAGCACAGGGCAUUGAGAAGCUUGUGGCAAUCAACAAAUCCAGCCAGUCAGUAAGAGAGAUGAAGGCUGCUGCUCAUGUCUUGCAAACAGUUUGGAGUUAUAAGGAGUUGAGAAAUGCAUUGCAUAAAGAUGGCUGGAACAAGUCCCAUUUUCAGCCUAAUGUGACUACACUUCCCAAAGGAUCCAAGAGUGGUGGCAAAGCAAUUGGCUAUGAUGACAGCACUCUCCCAUUAAUUGAAAGAGGCCAGAAAGAUGGUAACAAAUGGUCUGGUGAAAUGAUUCCCAUGGAGCAGUUUGUCCCAGAUACUUACUCUACCUUGGAUCAGAGAGAGAAAGAGCGCAAGUGUAAGACUAUGGAUGUUUCUGGAGAUGCUUUUGAGCAGCAACCUUUGCGGAAUGAUUCAAAUAAGAAAAACAUUAACAGGAUUAGUAGGGCCUCAGUGAAUCUUGUGGAUGCUAAUGACACAAAACCUCAACCUGUUGACUCCUGGGUCUAAACGUUUGCAUGGCAUGAAAUGCAGCAGUUACUAAACGUGACAGAGGAUCUCAUUAUCACCAUUGCCAUUAGAUUUGGAGGACUUCAUUUCAUGGAAGCUAUCAACUGAAUUUAAAGUGGAGAAAGAAGUCCCAUCAGUCAAAUCAUUAUAUAACCACAACUUUCAGGGAGAUGGGGAAGUAAGGGGAUAAAAAGUUACAAUUUCAUCUCUCCAAAUGUAGCAGCCCCUUAGCCAAAUAUUUAGUUUUUGUCUGAUUGGCUAGAUUUCUUUUGAAAUCUUUGCAAUGGAUUGUAUGGAGAAUGAUAAGAGAAUGAUGCAUGUUGAAGGGAAAGGAAGCCAAGAGGGUCUUUUUUAAAAAAAAAAAAUUGCUUUAAGAACUGGCUUCAAAAUAUUGCAUUUUUUCACCAUAAUGAAAAACAUUGACCACAACUUUGUUAGCACUUCCCUUUUUGGUGAAAACCAAAUCUAAAUCUGUUUUUCAUUUUAUGAUGGAUUUUGUGUUUUGAGUAAAGAGGUGACAUGAAUAUGAAGCUACUGCUAGGUUGAAGGAAAUUCACACAGAAGGUUGAAACAGGGUUUGAUAGGUGAGCAAAGAAGACUUUGAAGUUGAUCAGUGGAAUAGGGUCAACUUGCGGGGGUUUAUUGAAUUGGUGUAAUUGUGUAGGUUUAACAGAGGUGUUACAUGUUGCAUUAAGAAAAUAAAAUAUUUCAAUAGAUUUGGGCAGAAUAGUUCAAGUUAUUCAAAUGUGAAUGAAAAUUUUACUGGAGAGAUGACAUUUAACUCAUUUUUGCCGUUUUGUAUAUUUACCCUGUUCAAUUUUGGAUUUUAUUGAUUGUGGAAUGCUGACUUAAUUUUAACAUUAUUGGGAUGCUUUGCAGCUUAUGGCCCACUUCAGUUUUUGUACAUUCAAAACCAGCAUGAAAAAGGUGACAUUAGUCCAGGACCAGUCUUUAUAAGGAAGAAGCAAAAACAGGCGUGUCCUUUCUUUCUGCUUCCACUCUGCCUGUCCCCACCCCCCAAAUCAAAGAAUUCAAGGUGCUGUUCCAGUGCGACAAGUUUAUCUAUGUAUUUUGAACUAUUGUACAUCUUUUUACACAAAAUGUUUUGUUGUGUAAAGUUCUAGUUGAUUUUUACUUCUUGCAAUUGAGUUACAGACUGUGUAUUUUCAACCCAAUGCCUAGAAAACACAUUUUAAAACAGUUUUUUUCUUCAUGUGCUUACAAGUUAGUGGAAGAAUUGAGUUUAUUUUGCUUAAGUAAUAUCUGGCAUGUACAGUAUGUAUCCAUCAUGUCUAACAAUCUGUUAGUUUGACUUUUAAAACAUCUUUUUGUAGCAGAGCUGUUGGGGGUGGGUGGGAUUGAUUCUGAAGCAGUGCUUUUCUUCAAAUACUAAAGUACCUGAAGGAUGAACUGGAAUAGCAUCAGUUGCCAAAACAAUGUAAUUGGGUGGUAUGAACACAACAUUUGCAGUUAAUUCUUGUUUGUUGCCAAAGGGUUGAAAAAUAGAGGUCUCCAAGUCCAAGAGCUGUUUGUGACCUUUAAUUACUUUUCUUUGGUGUAGUAUGUGCUGCAGAUGACUGCUUUGAAGAAACAGCAAGCAAGAUCUACCAUUCUGGUUGUAGAUAUUACUGUUCAGAUAUCUGGAAUCUUCUGAUUAUUAGUGACAAUUGUGUUUGUACUAUCAUGUGCCUUAAACUUUUCAUGGUAGGAAAAGAUAAUGUGUUUUUAUAUAUAAUAUAUAUAUUACUCAUAGCCUAACUGUAGUUUAUACUGGUGGAUUUUGCAUUGCAUUACACUGUAUUAUAAAUUACACUUAACAAUGACUUAUGCUUUCUUAGAACCAUGCUACAGUGACCGAAUGUAUUAUGUUUAAUUUCACUAAUAUCCUGCAGCAGGUAGAAAGUUUGUUAAACCAGGUUUGUAGAAUUAUCAACUUGGUGUGUUUUCAAUAAACAAUGCCUGAAUAUGA